AUGUCGAAAGAGGUUGUAGACAGAAAGAGUUGUAGUAAUGUGGUCGCCAAAUUAAUGGGGCUAGAGACUGCUGCACCACGGAGCAGAUCCAGAAUAGAUAGAGAGUUGGAAGAUGGAUAUGAGAUAUGGGAGCCGCAUCAGAAGACGACGAGCCGUUCGAGAAAAGCAAAGUGUGUUGGGAGCAAGAGCGGCGGUGAUAAACAGAUGGAUCUUGUUCGCCGGAAGUUCAUGGAAGCGAAACGCCUGGUGACAGAUGACAAGCUUCACAGGUCCAAGGAGUUCCAAGAAGCACUUGAGGUUCUGAGCUCCAACAAAGAUUUGUUCGUCAAGUUUCUCCAGGAAUCAAAUUCCUUGUUUUCUCUGCAUCUUUCCGAAUUCCAGCCUCUUCCUCCUCAUCCAGAGGCUACGCGCAUCACGGUUUUGAGACCUUCCAAGGCUCAGAGAUGUGUGGUUCAAGAGAGUAGGAACACUCAAGAAACUGCGCAGCCAACUCGUAUAGUUGUCUUGAAGCCUAGUCCAGGUAUUAUGGCUAUUGCUUCUGAUGAGGCUGGAGAUGCUGAGACUAGACAAGUGGCUAAGGAUAUUACACGUGGCAUACGUGAGACUUUUAGGGGGCAUUGCAGGGACGACACACUUUCGUCUUCUUCUUCCUCUUCUUGUGUCUUGUCCGAUGACUAUCCAGUGGGAAACUCUGAGAUCAUGUCACCCUCCUCUCGGCAUUCGUGGGACUGUGUGAAUAGGUUUGAGAGUCCUUUCUCGUCCUCUUCGUUCUCUCCGGAGUCAUCAUCUGUCUACAGAGAGGCAAAGAAACGGCUUUCCGAAAGAUGGGCGAUGAUGUCACUAAACGGAGACACACAGCAGCAACAGAAACACUUGCCCUUGGGCGAUAUGCUUGCACUUUCAGAGACGAGAGUACCAAGCAGGUCCAACGAAGAGAGCAACGAAGCGAAGCAAGAGUCGACAAGGUCAGUAUCAUGCAUAGGCAGUGGUCUAGGCCAAGCAGAAAGCACAAGUGAUCCUCUGAAUACCCUUGAAAGGUCAAAAUCAGUCCCUGAGAUUAGAGUCCAUGGCGGAACUUCAGAACCACAAACAGAGUCAAGAAGCUUAAAACCAUCGUGGAAAGUCCCAAGCUUGUUCUUGUUCAAGAAUAGGAAAGCAAACAAGGAGAGAAUGUCUCAAUUGGCUGUGCCCUGUGAUGCACCACAACAACAAAGUAUUUCUUCAGGCGAGGACCAGCCGAGUCCAGUAUCAGUUUUAGAGCCGCCUUUCGAGGAUCCAGAUUGUUGUGGGUCAACAAAGCCAUGGACCACUCAAGGAGAAGAAAUGUCUCUGAAAUCUAAUCUAAUCGACAAAUCACCUCCAAUCGGAUCAGUUGCUCGGGUCUUCUCAUGGGAAGAUGAGUCAUACACAGACUUAGCUAAACCCGGAACUGGACUCUCUCAAGAUGAAGACUGGUAUUACUUCAUCAAAACGCUCUUAACAGCGUCUGGUUUCAGCGGUAGUGACCCGCUUAUGACCCGUUGGCACUCACCGGACAGCCCCUUGGACCCAUUAUUACUAAGAGACGACUUUGCCAACAAGGAAGUCAUCAAACGCAGGGAACAGCGAUCAAACCGCAAGCUAGUGUUUGACUGCGUCAAUGCCAUCAUAACAGAGACAACAUCAAGAGCAGCACACACGGGAUUGACCGAGGGGUUUGACAUGGUGGAACAUGUUUGGUCAGAGUUUAAGGAGGUUUUGGCUCAGGACUCGGCAAACAGCUUGAAAGGAGAAGUCAGGGUGAGGGAGGAGGUUGUCGGAGAAAUGUGGAGUCAUAAUCUGCAAGUAGAAGUGAACAACUUGGGGACUGAAAUUGAAGUGAUGUUGUUGCAAGAGCUUGUGGAAGAGGCCGUCUUCAGUCUUGGAUCUUACUCGUUGAAACAACGUAUAUAUGCAUUCAUAUAA